AUUAAUUGGCCAGAGUCGAUCAUUUAAACGCUACACAUUUUUUUGUACAAAUUUUUGUUAAUAAUUUUUUCAGCGGAGCUUUCGGCAAAGGAGUAAUACAAAACAAAUAAAUAUAAAUAAAGAACAACAAGUAGACGACGAGGAACCUCAACGAUGGGCAACAUACACACGACGGGUCCCAAUGAGGCGUUAAUUGUUUCAGGUGGCUGCUGCGGAUCGACCAAGAAGCGUACGAUCGUGGGCGGAUGGGCGUGGGCGUGGUGGCUGGUGACCGACGUGCAGCGACUGUCCCUCAACGUGAUGACCCUCAAUCCGAUGUGCGAGAAUGUGGAGACCUCGCAGGGUGUGCCACUGACGGUGACUGGAGUGGCCCAGUGCAAGAUCAUGAAGUCAUCUUCGUAUAAGCAUAACGAUUAUAAUAACGACGAGGCCGACGAGCUUCUAGGCACUGCCAGCGAGCAAUUUCUGGGCAAGAGCGUCAAGGAGAUCAAGCAGACGAUCCUGCAGACCCUCGAAGGACAUCUGAGGGCCAUAUUGGGAACGCUUACAGUCGAAGAGGUGUACAAGGACCGCGACCAGUUCGCGGCCUUGGUCCGCGAGGUGGCCGCUCCUGACGUGGGUCGCAUGGGCAUCGAGAUCCUGUCGUUCACCAUCAAGGAUGUCUACGACGAUGUGCAGUACCUGGCCUCGCUGGGCAAGGCCCAGACGGCGGUGGUCAAGCGCGAUGCCGAUGCCGGAGUGGCGGAGGCCAACCGAGAUGCCGGCAUCCGUGAGGCAGAGUGCGAGAAGAGCGCCAUGGACGUGAAGUACUCCACGGACACGAAGAUCGAGGACAACACUAGGAUGUACAAGCUGCAGAAGGCCAAUUUCGAUCAGGAGAUCAACACGGCCAAGGCCGAGUCGCAGCUGGCCUACGAACUGCAGGCGGCCAAGAUACGGCAGCGCAUUCGUAACGAGGAGAUCCAGAUCGAGGUGGUGGAGCGGCGCAAGCAGAUCGAGAUCGAGUCGCAAGAGGUGCAGCGCAAGGAUCGCGAGCUCACCGGCACCGUCAAGCUGCCCGCCGAGGCGGAGGCCUUCCGCCUCCAGACCCUCGCCCAGGCCAAGCAAUGCCAGACCAUCGAGGGUGCCCGUGCCGAGGCGGAGCGUAUCCGGAAAAUUGGAUCGGCGGAGGCCCAUGCGAUCGAGUUGGUGGGCAAGGCGGAGGCAGAGCGUAUGCGCAUGAAGGCCCAUGUGUAUAAGCAGUACGGCGACGCUGCCAUCAUGAACAUUGUGCUCGAAUCGCUGCCGAAGAUUGCCGCCGAGGUGGCUGCACCGCUGGCCAAGACAGAGGAGAUUGUCCUGAUCGGCGGCAACGAUAAUAUUACCAACGACGUGACCCGCUUGGUGGCCCAGCUACCGCCCUCGAUCAACGCCCUGACCGGAGUGGAUCUAUCCAAGGUUCUUUCCAAGAUUCCCGGGGCCAAGGCGUGAAACCUAAUGGAAUGGGAGAUCCAGCAAAUGGCAAUGACAACGUAACGCAACGCAAAGGAAUUGUAACCGAUCAAAAACAAACCGAAGUGGAUGGAACGAUUAAAAUGAGAAAGAGACGGCAGGAGAGCGAAAGAAAGUGACGACGAUAGUGUGCUAGAGAGGGAGCGGGCAUUUGUUAGAGCGAAACAGCAGCAAACUGAACGAGAAGCUCACAGCUUGAGUUUCAAAAUGCAAUCGAACGUAGCAAAAUGUAAUCCGAUAUUAUAUUUAUAUAUAUAUAUAUAUAUAUAUAUAUAUUUGUAUAUGUAUAUGCAUACAUUCAAUACACACAUACAUUUGUCUCGUCUGUGUGGUGUGCCAGUGUGUGUGUGUGUGUGUGAUGUUUGCCCGCGUAACAAUCAAAAAGCAAAAAAAAACCAACGUUAAUCUCAGCUAAAGUUAUGCAUUUCGUACGCAACAUUUUGUGGCCUUUUCUCUCAAAAACGAAAAACCGAUAACGAUAACAAAAAUCAACAUGAAAUUUGUAUAACUUUAAAGCGAAAACCAUUUAAGCAGAGUGUUAGCUAUUUAUUUACUAAACUAUAUAUACUAUAUACAUGCAGACAUGCUAUACACAAAGAGUUCUUCUAAGAAAAAACAUAAAGUUUUAUGACAAACAGUGUUGUAAAGCUGUAUAUCAAUUUACAGUGUUGUCCGGGUAGUCUUUCUCUUUCUUUCUCAUACAAAUUUGAUUUGCUAAAGGAUUUUUUAUCUGACCAAACUACAACUACAAGAGAAAGAGUACUUAAUAUGCGACCGAUCGAUCAUAAAAUUCAAGGGCCAAUCUCAAAUCUUUAAUAUCAAGAAAAUCUUUAUCAGAGCUUAUAAGAUGUGCAAUAUUAUUAAUUCUAAUUUAAAUCAAUGAAGAUUUAAGAUCAAUUAUUUAGACGUCCCUUUUGGAAAUCUUUUUAAGUAAACAUCUUUGUUUUCUGUCAUCUAUAAUGUUAUAUUAUAAUUGCUACUUUCAGACAUUUUUAGAAAUUCGUUUAUAAUUUUGUUAUAACUUAAGCUUUCCCGCAAUUAAGUUAACUCGUAUAUGCUUCAUCUGAAUUUUGUUAGUUUUGUUUUUCCCGGAACGUGCCAUAUAGGGCUACAAAUUCUCAGAUAGGUUUUCGUUAGAUGCUUCAAUUUUUAUUUUCAUUAAAUCACGUUCCAAUUUUUGUUGACUCUUAAUAAUGUCUAAUAAAUUGCUAGCAAUACCAAAUCAAACAUAAUAUUUUGCUCGAUCGAUUGAAAUGGCAUUUGAUGAAUACCACAUAUAUGACUUUACAACACAGUUUCCUCUGCAGUUGGCGCUCUUCCAAAACCCACAUACACACACUAACCAACACACACACAUGCGUUUGGAUUUUUGUAUUUACUUUAGUGCACAAAGAGAAAUGAAUAUACAUUUGUUUGUCAGUGACAUCCUAUACAAAAAAAACUUUCAUAUAAGAAUGUCUGUCUCGCUUAAUAUAUAUUUUUUCAUGUUUAUUUUUUAUAUAAUAACACAUAUUUACCUACGAAUAUGCAUUUACAAGUUUUGUACUUUAUUCUUACACUGUUUAAUUUAUAGCAAAAGGCAACAAAAUAAAAAAAAACAAACAUUUUUGUUCUUUACGUACAUCUAACUGGAAUUUUCAUAGUUAAGCAAAUUGUCCAGUCCUUUUAUUUUGCUAGAGUAAUUACCCCUAAUUUUUGUAAACACUACUCCAAAUCACACCCACACCCAUUAGACACAUGCACUCACACCCAUAUAUAUUUUUUUUCUAUUGUAUAUUAAGUGCAAGUAAUUUUAAAUGUAGCGCAGUGUGAAAGAUAAACAGAACAUGAACCACAACCAACCGAAAAACUAACUAAAAGCUAAACCUAAAUAAAUCAAAUGUAAAAUUUUGUGUAUUUUGUCGUAAAUAAAUAAAUUGAAAAAUA